AUGAUUCAAGAUGUCCACCUGGAAAUAAUUGGCCGCAUUUUAUUUGUCAUCUGUUUUGCUGUUACUCCUUCUCAUUCUACGCCGAACCUCUUAGCUGCCUUUUAUGCGAAUUUUGUGAAUUGCAGUGCAGAGAUCUUCAAAUACGACGUAAUCGCCCGACUUCCUACUUUAGAAUCAUACAACGUAACAAUCAUCACAGAAGAGGAGAAAGAGAGAGCAGAACGCGAUUUUGUUCGACGAUUUGGCCAAAUUGAAGAAGCACUUCGACCACAAAGAUUCUGGGAGUUGGAACGACAGCAUGGCUAUGUGGCACCUUUUGUCUCCGUCAAUCUGACUCCCAAGAAAAGUGUGCGCAUGCGAAUCCACUUAGAUGAACAGGAGCCGGAAAAUCUGCUUUAUUCCAAUCCUCUACCAAACAGUAAAAUCAUGAUCAGCGACUUUGGACUUUCGAGAAUAGAAGAAGACGGCGACUCUCUAUCUACUGCUUGUGGAACGCCAAGUUAUGUUGGUAAGUAA